AUGAACUUUGAAAGCCCCCUUGAUGGGCUGCUCGGCCGCCUCUUCACCAACCAAGGCGAUUCAGUCACCGCUGAUGACCUCGCCAACUUGGAAACUGGUCUGGCCUCGGACGCCCCCGACCUCGGACUUCUUUGCCUGGCAAAGCUCGUGGAAAUUGCCAGCACCGGCGGCGAGGCAACCGUCAAGCACCUGUACAGUGUCGACAUUGUCCCCUUCCUUCUCCGCCUCUCGAGCUCAUCCAACCUGCGUGUCGGCGAGGCCCUUGCCAACCUCUCGGCUGUCCUUUCUGGGCCCGAGGACCGCGCAGCCUUCAUCGAGCAGGGCGGGUUUAAAGCGCUCACCAACGUCAUUCACACCUUCCUGUCCACCGGAUCCUCAUCUCGCGUCCCACCGGAUACCAAGAUCCUUCUCGUCGCGUGCGAGGUUUACGCCAAAAUUGUGCAGACUGCCGCCCUCCCCACCAUCUUCCCCCAGCCCUACCGCGAGAAUGCAGUUGCGGGCUUGCAACCCAUCUUCCUCCUUCUCGCUCAUCCGGCGAGCACCCCUACCCAGGUCGGCAUCGCACUCCUGACGCUCUCGCGCUUGGGAUUGACAGACCCCGUCGUCGGCUCGGCCAUCACACAGGGCUCCAUUGCCAUCCCCGCCGCCACCGCCGCCUCUUCCUCGCGUACGCUCAAGGUCGUGGACCGUAUCGAGGGUCACCUCCUCAACCCCAACAUGGAGGUCUCGCGCCUCGCUACCCGCGUCGUGUCUGUUCUCGUCAACUCCAAGGCCGGCUGGUACUACUGGUCCGGCGAGCGCAAGUCGUUUGAGUUCCCUGGCGAGGCCGAUGCGAAGGACAUUUACACGCCAAAGGGCGAGCCGGGCACGCUCGACCCCGAGGCUGGUCGCCGUCUUGGUGUGCUUCUGCUCCUCACCGACUCGGACGACAGCAUCACCCGGAAAUCGGCUGCGACGGCUCUCGCCGUCCUCACGCAGAGCGAGAGCGCAUGCAGCGCCCUUAUCGCGCUCAAGAUUGUCACCAAGGGGGCCAUGAUCCCUACGAAGCUGUGGGACCGCGUCGCCGACCUUUUCGAGCCUGGAGGCGUGCGUCCCCCCGCCGACACGCCUGGAGCACGGAGCACGGGCACUGGCCCGCCAGACCGCGAGCUCGCCGACCGUGGAGCCAUGAUUGCGUUCAACCUGCUCAGUUUCGUUAACCGGUUCUACGAGCCUGAAAAGUCGAACGAGAUUAAGAGCGCUGUUGAUUCUGGGCUCAAGGCUGCGCUCGAGGCCGGUAUUAAGGGUGAAUUUGGCGCAGCUGUCGACGCCAACCUCAAGGCGGCGCUCAAGGUGCUUAACAAGUAG